UGACACAGGUCGUAUGUUUUCCUGUCACGUCGUGCUGUGUAGUGGGCGUAGGCCUAGGCGUGUUUUAUUCACACGUUUUGUUUUAAAUAUGAGGAAUAAAAAACUCAAAUUGUUAUCGUCAACAGGUGUCAGUAGUUAAUGCACUCUUGCAAACUGUCAAAACGUUAAACACGGGAUUAUGAAGAUUUUGUGCUCGGACAAUGACUCCCUGCAAACAUGAGCACAAGAUUAUAAGAACUGUUGAAUAGUAUCCAACAUUAGUCCACUCGCUUUGACUAUUUGCAAAAAGUGCUUCGAAGCGUCCCCACGAAAGGAGGGGGCCUUGGACGUUCUGAAGGAGCUGAAUGAUUUCAAUAUGACUGUAAAACUUCUUCAGGAUACCAGGAUUGGCAUGUCUGUGAACAACAUCAGGAAACAUUGCUCUGAUGCAGAGGUCAUCGCCUUAGCAAAGUUUCUAAUUAAAGACUGGAAAAGGCUUUUAGAACCUGCCGAGCCUAAGAAAGAGAAACUUGAUGACAAGAACGGUGUGGGCCCCAGUAAGAGAGCGGUUUCUCCCAACCUCUUUGAGACAGACAGCAGCCCAAGGAGAGAGGAUGUGGGGGGGCCACGGGAGUCCUUGCCUGACAAGAAUGACUCAGAUAAACACAAAGAAGAGCAACGGCAUCAAGACGAAGACCUCCAUGACCACAGCAAGACAAGCGGGGAAGCGAAGAGGGAAAAACGCGCAAGCGAACCCGUUAACAAAACUCACCCGGGCGGGAAGGAAGCAAACGGAGACCGCCAGCGGGAAACCGACAGGAUGGACGGACGCACGUCACCCAGAGACGUUGCUCCUCCUGCCCCCGAUAGAAGAGCGGACCGCGGUGGAGAGGGACGUCCCCCAGACCCCCGGGAGGGGGAGGGCCGCCAGCAGUCCCCCCGACGGGGGAAACACCGAGACGAAGACACAGAGAAGAUGAGGAAGAAGAGGAGACGAGCGGUGGAGCUGGAGAAGAGGGAGGACCCCGAAAAGUUCCGGUCCCACGACAAGACCAGAGAGAAGAGAUUCACUGAGAACGCGGGAACUGAGAGGCACGCCGGAGACCGUAGGCUAGAGAGAUGGACGCACGGGCCUCCGGGAGAGAGACACCGCAACGAGCCAAGGAGAGAGAGGCGGUUGCCCGAGCAACGACCACUGUUUGAAAGGCGAGGAGUGAUGGACAGCAGCAUCCUCUAUCCGACCCGUUGCCCUUCUCCUCCUCCCCUCAUUCGCCGCCGGCGCCCCGUUCGCCCCCCUCGGCCCCUACCGACCCCCCUGCCGGCCAAGUGUCCUUCUGUUGAAGUCAAGAAGGACAGGAAGAGGAAGAGCAGCAAAGAGUCGGCCCCUCGUCCCCUUCGCCCCCCGCAGUCCGCCCCCCCGCGCCGCGCCUCCCCAGUGAGGCGGCUCUCGCUGGAGGUCAAGAAGGAGAGGCAAGUCCCACCGGAUCCCAACGCUCCGAUCGCCCCCCUCCCCUUCCAUCUCCAUCCGCCUCCGACAAGAAGAGAACCGCCAGACCCCAACGCCCCGUUUGCUCCUCUACCUUUCCACCUGCACCCCCCUCCCCCUGCCAAGCAUCCCACUGCGGACGGGAAGAAGCCGGUGGCAGAGAUCAAGAAGGAGCCCUCAGACUGCCAGCCUCCCUCGCUGAAGAACUCCCCUGAGCCGCUAAAGAAAGACAGGAAAGACUCAUCGGAGGGCAAAGGGGCCAAAAAACAUUCACUGGAAGUCAAAAAAGAAAGGAAACAUUCAAGUGAUCUUAAACCACCUCUGCAGAAAAAGCCCAAGUUGGAUGUGACGAAAGAGAAGCACAGGAAGGACUCUUCUGACUCAAAGCCAGGACUUCCUGUUAAACUGCUUCCAAUGGAUUUCAAAUCUGACAGGAAGGACUUUUCUGACUCCAAGACCAGUCUUCCUGUCAAAAGACUUUCAAUGGAUUCCAAAGACAGGAAGGACUCUUGUGAUUUAAAGACAGGACUUCCUGUGAAAAGUCUUUCAAUGGAUUCCAAAUCUGAUAGGAAGGAAUCUUCUGACUUCAAUAUGGGACUUCCUGUGAAAAGACUUUCAAUGGAUUCCAAAUCUGACAGGAAGGACUCUUGUGACUCCAAUGCGGGACUUCCUUUGAAAAGACUUUCGAUGGAUUCCAAAUCUGACAGGAAGAAGGCUUUUGACUCCAAGCCUGGACUUCCUGGGAAAAGACUUUCUUUGGAUUCAAAAAUGGACAGGACUCACCGGAAUGACUUUUCUGACUCCGAGCCAGGACUUCCUGUGAAAAGACAUUCGAUGGAUGCCAAAUCUGACAGGAAAGAGUCCACUGAAUCCAAGAAGGCAAGCCCAUUGCCAGCGAAAAAACUUGGAGGUGAAAGGAGAGAGUCUCACGGCACCAAACCGCUCAACCCUGUUCAGCCCUCGACUGACGACCCUGAGAGCAAACGAGCCAAAGCCAACUUCCCUCAGACCCCCCCCAGCCCCGCCAGCUCCCUGUCCCCUGGCUUCAGCCCCGGCGGGGGGGCUCUGUCCCCUGGCUUCAGCCCCAGUGGGGGGCCGCUAUCCCCUAGCUUCAGCCCACGGGGGGGUCCCCUGUCCCCGCGCCUGGCCACCGGAGACACGGUCCGGGACAAGUGCAUCGAGAUGCUGUCGGCCGCGCUGCGCACAGACAAUGACUUCAUGGAGUUUGGUGCUAACUGUGAGCAGAUGGCCGUGGACAUUGAGGAUCAUAUCUACCAAGAGAUCCGGGCCACCGACAUGAGGUACAAGAACCGGGUCCGGAGCCGCAUCAGCAACCUAAAGGACCCAAAGAACCCGGGCCUGCGCCGGAACGUGCUGGCGGGGUACAUCGAGAUGACCCGCAUAGCCUCCAUGUCUGCUGAGGAAAUGGCGAGCGACGAGUUGAAGCAGCUGAGGAACGUUCUCACCCAGGAGGCCAUCAGAGAGCACCAAAUGGCCAAGACCGGAGGCACCACCACAGACCUCUUGCAGUGCAGCAAGUGCCGGAAGAAGAACUGUAGCUACAACCAGGUGCAGACCCGUAGCGCUGAUGAGCCCAUGACCACGUUUGUGCUGUGCAACGAGUGUGGAAACCGCUGGAAGUUCUGCUGAUGCCUCCCAGACCAAAUGGGAAUCAUGCUGAUAUCGAUGAAAUUAAAUUAUUUUCUAUGACAAUGUAGACAGGGACGAUUUACAAUACUGCAGCUAAAAGUGUGCUCAUAAUUUAUACUAUGUUAUAUUUUUAUGAUUUGUAAGCAUGUAUGUUUUGACUAAAAUAUAAUAAUACUUUUGACUUAAAGACUUUUUGCAUGAUUGAAUCAGAGCAAGCUAGCUUGGAUAAACAGGUCACAUAUUUUUGCUUCGGGAAAGCGUUCAUUAGAAUAUAACUUACUCUAAUAAUAAAUUCAAAAUUGCAACUGUUUAAUUUGUAUAUUUCAAAUCCCAGACUGAUUGCAUACUCUGAAAGUGUUUCUAAACUCCCUAAUUUAAUAAAUAAUCUUGACAAUCAGUUUAUUUGUCCCCCAUUGGUUUCUUCUAGAAUGUUCUACACAUGUGAGACAUUCUUUUCAUUAGAUGUUGGAAUAGUUAAUAUACGGCAUCCCAAUUGGCCUGAAUUAAUUUAAUAUGGACUAAUAAAUGCUCUUGUGUUUUCAAAUAAGUUGUAGAAUGGACAUCCUUGAACGUCUACUGUGUCACCACAAUCUCACAGUAGGUGGCAAUAGAUCAUAGAAGGGAUAGAAGAAUAGAUUUUGAGCAUUCAUCGACACAUUCAAUGGAUUUGUUAUUUUGUUAGGUUACUAUUAACAUACCGAUUAAACAGCCAUUAUCAUCAUAUUGAAGUGCAAUCAAAAAUAAUAUACGUAUUUUUCAGCGUCGACAUAUUAGGUACCAUAUUUAAACAAGAAUUAUUGUCUAAGAACAAAAUUCUAAACAGACCUUUACUUUGACACAGAAAGCCUUCAAUACAGAACGGCUUCAGCAUCUACCAAGCACAGAAUCUAGGAGUUCCUCUCCCCUGGUGAAAGCCCUACUCCCCCGCAGCCUGUUUACU